CAGAUUCUCCUGAAAGUUCCCAUUCCAAAUCUUUCCACAGUUUAUUCUUUCUUACUUCAAGAGGAGUCUCAAAGAUCUUUACAGAACUCUGUUAAUUCUGUCUCUUUCCUUACUGAACAAUCAUCUCAAAUCAUUUCUAAUCCUGAUAAUUCCUCUCAUGAGUCUACUGCUUUCUUAGCUAAGUUUCAUUCUUCCAAAAAGAAAAACACUAGCACUUGCACUCAUUGUGGUUUUCAAGGACAUACUGCUGAAAAAAGUUAUCAAUUGGUUGGAUAUCCCAGUAACUGGAAAGGUCCUAAAGGGAAACGUUUUGCUCCUGGCUUUCAACCUUCUCAAUCUUCUCAAGCUCAUUUAGCUAAUGUUUCUGCUGAUCCUAUCUCUCAUGACAUGGACUUUUGUGAUCCUGAUUUGUAUAACAAGUUUCUACAGUACCUGCAAACUCAUAACAGUAAAACUGCUUCCGCUAAUGUUGCAAUGUCUGUUCAUGCUGAAGAUCCACCUUCUUCAACAACUGAUCAUAAUCAAUUCCUAGGACCUUCUUACCAACAAAAUCAUUGGCUUUGCUGAAAUUCAAAAUGGCCUUUAUCAUUACAAUCCUUCCACAUCAUCAUUCACUAUCAAACAUCCAUCUGUUGUGAAUUCUGCUAGUACUGAUCAAAGUUCUCAUCUUUGGCAUCUUAGACUAGGACAUUUUCCUUACAAUAAGAUCAAAUUGUUGUCAAACUGUAAUGUUGAUGAAGCUGCAAAUAAUAAUUCUGCUUGUGAUAUUUGUCAUUUUGCAAAACAAAAACGUUUACC